GGUCGCCGGUCAGUUUAGUUUCAUCGUUACAACGUUGCGGCUACUGUGCUGACGAGGUGGAUGGAAAUAGUAAAAUUAUCGACAAAAGGAAAUACUAACAAUGGGCCGUUCGAGUAAUGGGCCGAUUGAUUGGUUCAUUUUGAAUGAAUAAUUUAACUAUACCUACCUAUAUGUGCCAUAUGAAAAGAACCACCAGCGAGGGAAUGUUGGCUGCAGAACGAUUAGUAGAACCACGCGACGAUACUCGAUAUAGCGGGCAGUUGUGUUCGAGUCCGAGGCGUUAGUCAACAAUCAAUUCAGUCCGCUGAAGACGCGCGCGUAGUACAGACACACACGUCUCCGAGCUCGUGGAAGGUGGUUCAACCCAAAAUGCGGUCUCACUCAUGUAAUGUGCUGUUGGUUAUGAUAGCAUGCUUCACAAUUUUCGCGAAAAACGGGUGUAGCAGAUCAGCACAGGUCGGACCACUAAUGACACGCAAGCGAGCUCUUUCUCCGGGGUCGAAACUGGUUUCAUCAAACACGCUGCAAAAGAUGCCCGCCAGAGAGGAGUUACCUCUACAUGGGGCCGCCAUCACCGGAGAAAGUGGCAUCCGUUACCUGGACGUACCGGAUAAGUCAUUCUCCGACUUGAAGCAAUAUCGGUCGCUUGUCCUGCCGAACGGAUUGCAUGCCCUAUUGAUAUCCGAUCCUACAGAACGCCCACAGCUAGCGGACCGCAACAACACGACAGAAGACGAUCACAGCGAAGAUGGAGCCAGUGUUGCAUCGGCAACCGAAGAGCCGAGCGACAGCGAAGACGAAGCAGACGGAAGCGAAGCCGGAGAUGAGGGAGAUGAGGCGGGAGAAAAGCUAGCAGCUGCAGCACUGAGCAUCGGCGUUGGCUCAUUUAGUGAUCCACGUGCCGUGCAAGGGCUAGCUCAUUUCCUUGAACAUAUGAUUUUCAUGGGAAGCAAGAAAUACCCGACAGAGAACGAAUAUGACGCGUACAUAAGUAAAUGUGGCGGAUUUGACAAUGCUGUAACUGAUUUGGAAGAAACAACUUUUUACUUUGAAAUUGACGAAGAAUACUUGGACGGUGCUCUAGACCGAUUUUCAAGUCUUUUCACUUCACCCCUUAUGUUGCGAGAUUCCAUCUGCCGAGAGCGAGACGCGGUUGAGUCAGAGUUCAAAACCAACAUCAACAGCUUUUCGUCAAUGCGCGAGCAGCUGAUGGGAUCGCUAGGUCGCGAUGAUCAUCCUAGCAGUUUAUUCUCCUGGGGAAAUUUGCGCACAUUGAAAGACAACGUAACGGAUGAUGAGCUGCACAAGAUUCUGCAUCAAUUCCAGAAGAGGCACUACUCGGCUCAUCGGAUGCAUUUUGCCGUUCAGGCCAGGAUGAGUUUGGAUGAGCUGGAGCAGCUGACGGUAAAAUAUCUGUCUGGUAUUCCGAAUAACAACCUGCCGGCGGAUGACUUCUCCGCUUUCAACGAUGUGAAUGCAUUUAAGCCAGAGUUUUUCUCCAAAGUAUACUUUGUGAAGCCCAAAUCCAAUAUAUGCCGGUUAGACGUGACAUGGUGUUUGCCACCUAGCAUUGCAGAUUACAAGGUGAAGCCAGUUGAUUAUCUGUCAUAUCUUCUUGGCUAUGAAGGAAAGUACAGCCUCACGAGCUAUCUUAGGAAUAGGACUCUUGCACUCGACGUACAAACGGGAUCCAGCUACGGGUUUGAGAAAAACUCACUCUUUACUCUUUUCGCUGUAUCUGUAACGAUGACCGACAAAGGGCUGGAAAACGUGGAAGAAAUUCUAAAGGCCAUCUUUUCCUAUAUGCGACUACUGAAAGAAACUGGUCCUGUAGAAUGGCUGUUUGAUGAACUGAAGGAAAUUGAAGAUACGUCCUUCCGCUACCGGAAGGAGAAAGAAGCCAGUGAUAAUGUGGAAGAGCUGGUGGUCAAUAUGCGAUAUUACCCUUCCAAGGACAUCAUCACUGGUUCGGAGCUCUACUAUCAAUAUGAUGCAAACGAAAUUCGUAAAGUUAUCGACAACCUUAACAAGCCUAAUUACAACAUAAUGAUAUCGUCUUCGAAACCAUACAAUAAUAUCAUUUUCGACAAGAAAGAGAAAUGGUUUGGCACGGAGUAUGCUGAAAGAGAUAUGCCACAAGAGUGGAGGAAUCUCUGGAAUAAUGCUUCGGUCCUUCCGGAGUUGAAACUGCAGGAGCGUAACCAGUACAUCAGCUCGGAUUUUACCAUCCUUUCUAAGCAGCAGGAUGCCGCUCCGAUUCUAGUGUUUCCGGAAAAAAUAAUGGACACCAAGAUUUGUGAACUGUGGUACCGACAGGAUGGCAAAUUUAAUUUACCCACAUCACUAAUGUACUUCUACUUUAUUUCACCUUUACCAAUGCAAGAUCCAGAAUGUGCCACCCUGACGAGUUUAUACACGGCAAUGCUGAAAUUCCAAAUUGCCGAGGACCUUUAUCCAGCAACGGUUGCUGGCCUGAACUAUGAAAUCUAUGCCGCUGAAAAGGGUAUUGUUUUGAAGGUUGAUGGCUACAGCCAAAAACUUCCAAUAAUCGUGGAUGAAAUAACUAAAGCUAUGCGAGAUUUCAACCGAAACAUGAAUUCGGAUGUAUUCGAUGUCAUCAAAAAGAAGCUGGCAAAGGCAUACUACAACGAAAUCAUAAAGGCUAGCAAGCUGAGCAGGGAUAUUCGGUUAAAGGUUGUCCAGGAAUCAUUCUGGACCACAUUGGAGCGAUUCAACGCAUUGAAGAAUUUGACUAUCGAUGCUCUUAGUGAAUUUUCGGUGCGGUACUUCCAGCAAGUAAAAAUCCAAUCACUUAUACAGGGAAACACCCGCAAGCAAGAUGCCUCAGACGUUAUGUCGAAGGUGCUAGCAAAUCUUGCUAUUGGAGAAAUCGUCAAUAAAUCACUUACCGAAUCUCGAGCACGAGAAAUCCCACUAGGCAAUAACUACUUGACGGUGAAAUCUUUCCGCGAGAAUGACGUGAACACGGUAACGACCACAUUCUACCAGGCUGGACCUGUAACGCCAUCAAUCAAUGCUCAGUUGGAGUUGUUGGUGAUGCUCAUCGAGGAGCCACUCUUUGACAUUCUCCGCACCAAAGAGCAACUGGGAUACGAUGUGUCCGUGACCAUUCGUGACAACUUCGGCAUUCUGGGCUACUCGGUGACGAUCCACUCGCAGGAGGACAAAUUCACCUACCGGCACAUAGACGACAGAAUCGAAGACUUUAACGGGCGAUUCGUUCAAAUCCUGAAAGAUAUGCCCGAGGAGGACUUCCAGCUGAUGAAAAGCUCCCUGCUGAAGCGCAAGCAAAUAAUAGAUACUGAAUUGAAGAGCGAAGUGAAUCGCAACUGGGCUGAGAUUACGACCGAGGAGUAUAUUUUCAACCGAAACAAGCUGGAAAUGGAACAUAUCGAACGAUUGGACAAACAGAACAUUAUAGACUUCUACAAUCAGUUGGUGUUCGACAACCGACAUCGGCGGAAAUUCUCCGUUCAGGUUGUUGGUUGUAGCGAGAAAUCGAUCCUCUGCAACGGCGAUAUCGCCGAGAAGGACGAAGAAGCGGAAACCGAGGACUUGGACAAGGAAUUUACCAUCCAGUAUCUGUCCGCGGAAAAUGCUGGACGAAACUACGUGACGGACAUUGAGCGAUUCGGAAAAACGUUAAAAGUGUAUCCCGUUACAAAAAUUCAAUUUUCAUGAAUUUUUGGUACUGUUUGUGAUUAUUGUUCCUUUUAAAAGUUGUUUGGUGUUGAAUGUCUGAAUAAAAUUGUACACAUUUUA